AUGCCCAAAAACUUCUGCAGGGCCUUAACGGAGACUGGCCAAGGGAAGCUCUUAAAGGCCUUGACUUUAGCCGACAGGGGAACUGCGGUGUCUGAGGAAAUUGACCAUGGACAGUCCAAACUGGCACUUUGCUGGGUUGACGAUAAGACCGUGCUGACUAAGGCGUUUGAAAAGUGUUCUCAUAUCAGUCCCACCUCCACCAGACCUCCUCAUGCAGCAGUCCCACCUCCACCAGGACCUCCCUCAUCCUCCUCUGCAGCAGUCCCACCUCCAGGACCAGCACCUCCCUCAUCCUCCUCUGCAGCAGUCCCACCUCCACCAGGACCAGCUCCUCCCUCAUCCUCCUCUGCAGCAGUCCCACCUCCACCAGGACCAGCACCUCCCUCAUCCUCCUCUGCAGCAGUCCCACCUCCAGGACCAGCACCUCCCUCAUCCUCCUCUGCAGCAGUCCCACCUCCACCAGGACCUCCCUCAUCCUCCUCUGCAGCAGUCCCACCUCCAGGACCAGCACCUCCCUCAUCCUCCUCUGCAGCAGUCCCACCUCCACCAGGACCUCCCUCAUCCUCCUCUGCAGCAGUCCCACCUCCACCAGGACCUCCCUCAUCCUCCUCUGCAGCAGUCCCACCUCCACCAGGACCUCCCUCAUCCUCCUCUGCAGCAGUCCCACCUCCACCAGGACCAGCACCUCCCUCAUCCUCCUCUGCAGCAGUCCCACCUCCACCAGGACCAGCACCUCCCUCAUCCUCCUCUGCAGCAGUCCCACCUCCACCAGGACCUCCCUCAUCCUCCUCUGCAGCAGUCCCACCUCCACCAGGACCAGCACCUCCCUCAUCCUCCUCUGCAGCAGUCCCACCUCCACCAGCACCUCCCUCAUCCUCCUCUGCAGCAGUCCCACCUCCACCAGGACCUCCCUCAUCCUCCUCUGCAGCAGUCCCACCUCCAGGACCAGCACCUCCCUCAUCCUCCUCUGCAGCAGUCCCACCUCCACCAGGACCUCCCUCAUCCUCCUCUGCAGCAGUCCCACCUCCACCAGGACCUCCCUCAUCCUCCUCUGCAGCAGUCCCACCUCCACCAGGACCAGCACCUCCCUCAUCCUCCUCUGCAGCAGUCCCAUCUCCACCAGGACCAGCUCCUCCCUCAUCCUCCUCUGCAGCAGUCCCACCUCCACCAGCACCUCCCUCAUCCUCCUCUGCAGCAGUCCCACCUCCAGGACCAGCACCUCCCUCAUCCUCCUCUGCAGCAGUCCCACCUCCACCAGGACCUCCCUCAUCCUCCUCUGCAGCAGUCCCACCUCCACCAGGACCUCCCUCAUCCUCCUCUGCAGCAGUCCCACCUCCACCAGGACCUCCCUCAUCCUCCUCUGCAGCAGUCCCACCUCCAGGACCAGCACCUCCCUCAUCCUCCUCUGCAGCAGUCCCACCUCCACCAGCACCUCCCUCAUCCUCCUCUUCUGCAGCAGUCCCACCUCCACCAGGACCUCCCUCAUCCUCCUCUGCAGCAGUCCCACCUCCACCAGGACCUCCCUCAUCCUCCUCUGCAGCAGUCCCACCUCCACCAGGACCUCCCUCAUCCUCCUCUGCAGCAGUCCCACCUCCACCAGGACCUCCCUCAUCCUCCUCUGCAGCAGUCCCACCUCCACCAGGACCUCCCUCAUCCUCCUCUGCAGCAGUCCCACCUCCACCAGGACCAGCACCUCCCUCAUCCUCCUCUGCAGCAGUCCCACCUCCACCAGGACCAGCACCUCCCUCAUCCUCCUCUGCAGCAGUCCCACCUCCACCAGCACCUCCCUCAUCCUCCUCUGCAGCAGUCCCACCUCCACCAGGACCUCCCUCAUCCUCCUCUGCAGCAGUCCCACUUCCACCAGGACCAGCACCUCCCUCAUCCUCCUCUGCAGCAGUCCCACCUCCACCAGGACCUCCCUCAUCCUCCUCUGCAGCAGUCCCACCUCCACCAGGACCUCCCUCAUCCUCCUCUGCAGCAGUCCCACCUCCACCAGCACCUCCCUCAUCCUGCACUGCAGCAGUCCCACCUCCACCAGGACCUCCCUCAUCCUCCUCUUCAGCAAUCCCACCUCCAGGACCAGCACCUCCCUCAUCCUCCUCUGCAGCAGUCCCACCUCCACCAGGACCAGCUCCUCCCUCAUCCUCCUCUGCAGCAGUCCCACCUCCACCAGGACCUCCCUCAUCCUCCUCUUCCUCUGCAGCAGUCCCACCUCCACCAGCACCUCCCUCAUCCUCCUCUGCAGCAGUCCCACCUCCAGGACCAGCACCUCCCUCAUCCUCCCCUGCAGCAGUCCCACCUCCAGGACCAGCACCUCCCUCAUCCUCCUCUGCAGCAGUCCCACCUCCACCAGGACCUCCCUCAUCCUCCUCUGCAGCAGUCCCACCUCCAGGACCAGCACCUCCCUCAUCCUCCUCUGCAGCAGUCCCACCUCCACCAGGACCUCCCUCAUCCUCCUCUGCAGCAGUCCCACCUCCACCAGGACCUCCCUCAUCCUCCUCUGCAGCAGUCCCACCUCCACCAGGACCUCCCUCAUCCUCCUCUGCAGCAGUCCCAUCUCCACCAGGACCAGCACCUCCCUCAUCCUCCUCUGCAGCAGUCCCAUCUCCACCAGGACCAACACCUCCCUCAUCCUCCUCUGCAGCAGUCCCACCUCCACCAGGACCUCCCUCAUCCUCCUCUGCAGCAGUCCCACCUCCAGGACCAGCACCUCCCUCAUCCUCCUCUGCAGCAGUCCCACCUCCACCAGGACCUCCCUCAUCCUCCUCUGCAGCAGUCCCACCUCCAGGACCAGCACCACCCUCAUCCUCCUCUGCAGCAGUCCCACCUCCACCAGGACCAGCACCUCCCUCAUCCUCCUCUGCAGCAGUCCCACCUCCACCAGGACCAGCACCUCCCUCAUCCUCCUCUGCAGCAGUCCCACCUCCACCAGGACCUCCCUCAUCCUCCUCUGCAGCAGUCCCACCUCCACCAGGACCAGCACCUCCCUCAUCCUCCUCUGCAGCAGUCCCACCUCCAGGACCAGCACCUCCCUCAUCCUCCUCUGCAGCAGUCCCACCUCCACCAGGACCUCCCUCAUCCUCCUCUGCAGCAGUCCCACCUCCAGGACCAGCACCUCCCUCAUCCUCCUCUGCAGCAGUCCCACCUCCACCAGGACCUCCCUCAUCCUCCUCUGCAGCAGUCCCACCUCCACCAGGACCUCCCUCAUCCUCCUCUGCAGCAGUCCCACCUCCACCAGGACCUCCCUCAUCCUCCUCUGCAGCAGUCCCACCUCCACCAGGACCAGCACCUCCCUCAUCCUCCUCUGCAGCAGUCCCACCUCCACCAGGACCAGCACCUCCCUCAUCCUCCUCUGCAGCAGUCCCACCUCCACCAGGACCUCCCUCAUCCUCCUCUGCAGCAGUCCCACCUCCACCAGGACCAGCUCCUCCCUCAUCCUCCUCUGCAGCAGUCCCACCUCCACCAGCACCUCCCUCAUCCUCCUCUUCCUCUGCAGCAGUCCCACCUCCACCAGGACCUCCCUCAUCCUCCUCUGCAGCAGUCCCACCUCCAGGACCAGCACCUCCCUCAUCCUCCUCUGCAGCAGUCCCACCUCCACCAGGACCAGCUCCUCCCUCAUCCUCCUCUGCAGCAGUCCCACCUCCACCAGGACCUCCCUCAUCCUCCUCUGCAGCAGUCCCACCUCCAGGACCAGCACCUCCCUCAUCCUCAUCUGCAGCAGUCCCACCUCCACCAGGACCUCCCUCAUCCUCCUCUGCAGCAGUCCCACCUCCAGGACCAGCACCACCCUCAUCCUCCUCUGCAGCAGUCCCACCUCCACCAGGACCUCCCUCAUCCUCCUCUGCAGCAGUCCCAUCUCCACCAGGACCAGCUCCUCCCUCAUCCUCCUCUGCAGCAGUCCCACCUCCACCAGCACCUCCCUCAUCCUCCUCUGCAGCAGUCCCACCUCCACCAGGACCUCCCUCAUCCUCCUCUGCAGCAGUCCCACCUCCACCAGGACCUCCCUCAUCCUCCUCUGCAGCAGUCCCACCUCCACCAGCACCUCCCUCAUCCUCCUCUGCAGCAGUCCCACCUCCACCAGGACCUCCCUCAUCCUCCUCUGCAGCAGUCCCACCUCCAGGACCAGCACCUCCCUCAUCCUCCUCUGCAGCAGUCCCACCUCCACCAGCACCUCCCUCAUCCUCCUCUGCAGCAGUCCCUCCUCCAGGACCAGCACCUCCCUCAUCCUCCCCUGCAGCAGUCCCACCUCCAGGACCAGCACCUCCCUCAUCCUCCUCUGCAGCAGUCCCACCUCCACCAGGACCUCCCUCAUCCUCCUCUGCAGCAGUCCCACCUCCAGGACCAGCACCUCCCUCAUCCUCCUCUGCAGCAGUCCCACCUCCACCAGGACCUCCCUCAUCCUCCUCUGCAGCAGUCCCACCUCCACCAGGACCUCCCUCAUCCUCCUCUGCAGCAGUCCCACCUCCACCAGGACCUCCCUCAUCCUCCUCUGCAGCAGUCCCAUCUCCACCAGGACCAGCACCUCCCUCAUCCUCCUCUGCAGCAGUCCCAUCUCCACCAGGACCAACACCUCCCUCAUCCUCCUCUGCAGCAGUCCCACCUCCACCAGGACCUCCCUCAUCCUCCUCUGCAGCAGUCCCAUCUCCACCAGGACCAGCUCCUCCCUCAUCCUCCUCUGCAGCAGUCCCACCUCCACCAGCACCUCCCUCAUCCUCCUCUGGAGCAAGCGUAUUCGCCAAGAAAGAUCUGUGCAAUGUUUACAAUCCAGUUUGCAUCCGAGAAGGGGACAAGUGGACGACAGCAUUCGACACUUCCACUGGCCAGUAUGAGAACAUCAUGAUGCCAUUUGUUCUGGCCAAUGUUACUGCUGUUUUUCAGGCUCUGAUCAAUCAAUGA